GUGUGUUAGGUGAGACAGUGUCAGUGAUGGAGGGAGAUUCUGUCACUCUAAACACUGAGGUUACUGAAAUACGUGAAGAUGAUGACAUUCUGUGGAAAUUUGGAGCUGACAACUCUCUCUUAGCUGAAAGCAGUCGAGAGAAACAAAUCUUUUCCACAUCUGAUGAUGUUCUUGAUGGGAGAUUCAGAGAUAGACUGAGGCUGGAUCAUCAAACUGGAUCUCUGACCAUCACAAACAUCACAUCUGAACAUGCUGGACUCUAUAAACUAGACAUAAUUGGUGUGAAAUGGUCAUCAAAAACAUUCAGUGUUUCUGUCUAUGCUCGUCUGCCUGUUCCUAACAUUACCAGAGACUGUUCUUCACCAUCAUCAGGAUCAUCAUCACGCCAGAAUUGUUCAUUGGUGUGUUCAGUGGUGAAUGUGAGUCGUGUGACUCUCUCCUGGUACAAAGGAAACAGUUUAUUGUCCAGCAUCAGUGUGUCUGAUCUCAGCAUCAGUCUCUCUCUACCUCUGGAGGUGGAAUAUCAGGAUAAAAACACCUACAGCUGUGUGCUCAACAAUCCCAUCAGCAACCAGACUCAACAUCUGGAC